AUUUUGCCCACCCCUGUGCUAUUCACUAGGCUACACUGCCUCCUUUAUCGAGGGGCUGCCCAUCUUGGGCACUGCACAGAGGUGGAACAAAGAUGAUUCCUGCCCUAUUGACUUUGUGAUCUGCUUUUGGGGACCAGGGAGGGAAACGCCCUGUGGAGCAGGCUUUGUGUUUGUGCUCCGUUUUAGUUUACCAGCCCGAGUAAGAGUUCAGUGUGCAGGGCUUACGGGAUCCCUUUCUAAACCCCACGGUGGAUCCCCACAGGGACUGGCGUCCAGGAGGGAACAUACAAAUCAACCUCAAAGAUUCUUUUGGUCUCGGCAUCUGCAAGGUAAGACCUUUUCCUCAGCCUUUGGGGAACAGAGGCAGCUCCCAUCUGCCUUCUCAGGCUGGUGGGAUCUGGCCUGAAAGUAGCCCUAGAUCAAGACCAGGUAAGUCUGGAGCCCUAAGACUACCCUGCUAGUCAACAUGGCCUCAGCUUCUUUGUGCUCCCUGUCUGCAACCAGCUGUGGUCUUACACUUGGCAGGCUCUUUGGGGUAGGAGCUGUGGCUUUGUGUGGCAGCAUGGUGCCCAACACAGCAGCCCUGGUCUGUGCUGGGGGCUCCAGGGAAGAGCCCCAGGCCUUAAGUUAUAGGCUUGGGAAUGCAGAGAAGGCCAUGUCCUGCCAUGCCCCAGCUGUCUUGUGAUGUAAGAGGAGCCCUCCCGUGUCACAAUGCAGAAGGCUCUCUGCCUCCUGCUUGCCUUGCUCGCAUGGUGCCCUUUGCACUAGGCUCCCAGACUGCCAGGUGUACUCCUGGGAAUCCUCCCAAGCCUUUGCAAAGUGAGUCAGGCCUCAGAAGGGUGUGGGAGGUGAGGGGGUGGGUGGGGCUGAGCUCCCGCCCUGCCAAGUCACCCACACUUACCUUGCUUCUCUCAUCAUCAAAUGUCUGGGGCUAGGACAUGAACUCUCAGGAGACCCCACAAGCUCGAAGAUUCCCCAUCGAGGCAGGAGAUUCCCCCAGCCUGGCAGCUACUCCAGAAACCCUGGAGCCAGUUGCCACUGAGCACACUGCAGCAAGGCAACUGAGAAGAUGCCCAGGGUGCCACUGCCUGACGCUGCCCAACGUCCCCAUUGACGUCUACAUUGCCAUGGGUGGGAACCGCAGGCCGCGGACUACCUAGCGGUUCCCCCAAUUUGGGCUUGAGUGCUGAGGCCGCGGAGGCUGCCGCCAGCAACGCCCCGGCAGCCAGAGAACAGCAAAGGGCGCCACGCAGAACGGUGAUGCACAUUUUAA